CCACCAUGGUUACAGUGUGUGUCAACAUGUGUAGUUACUAGGGUGGAGGAAAUAAAAGACCACCAAGCUCCACCCCAAAGCCAGUCAGCGCCGGGCGACAUCAAGCAAGAGAAAGACAAGGACAAUGCAGGCGAUACUCCUAGUGACUGUCUUCUCCUGUCUUACUGUGGCUGCAAACGCAGCUGAUGUCAAAUUCGGAGCCGCAUGCCCUUCUGGGGACACCUGCACUGAUGCCAACACCGAAUGUUCAGGAACACCUCCAAAGUGUGUCUGCAGUAGUGGAUUUACUGCUGUUAGCGGAGUCUGCACUGCAAACGGAGCCCUGGGUACAGCUUGUUUAUCAGGUUCUACCUGCACUGGCGACACUUUAGUGUGUGAUUCAUCUGUGUGCAAGAAAAAAGUUGGACAGACCUGUACUGCUACCGCUGACUGUGUUGCACACUCGACCUGCUCCACCAACAAAUGCGCGUGUGAUAGCAACUACAACGCAGGACUGACUGGCAUGUGUGCUCAAGGAAGUGCACCUGGAACUGAAGUUGGAGCUGGAGCGACAUGCAAUGCUACUUGCACUGGUGCUAACUUUGAAUGUGUAGCAAGCAAGUGUACGUGCAAAGCUGGCUUCACUCUGUCUGGAAACUCUUGCAAGGAAGGAAAACCAGCGUGAGAGACAAGAAGAGGUGGCCUCGAGAAAAGUGCAAUACGGCCCUCAAGGCUGAUCCAGACUUGUGGUGUCCAGCAUUGCACUGACACGUCGGGGUAGUCCGUGGUGUACAGACGGCGUUGGCGUUGGCGCAGUUCGACUGACCUCCAUUGGUGUAUGCACAUGGGGAGUCAAGUGCCACGUUGCUCAAUAGAGCUGCAACAUUUCAAUAAUCAUGUGCCGUCAGUAAAUCCUUUCUCUUUUUUUCUUUCUUUAUUUUCCUCCUCUGUUCUGCUGUCUUUCUGCCAUCUCUGCUGGUGUGUGUGGGUGUGCGCGUGCACUAAUCAUUUUUUCUUUUAGCUUAGCAUUUACUUCUUGAUGAACAAAGUUUACUUAUGCUUAUCUCCAAUUAUUAUCAAAAUGAUGUGAUGUUGUCCUAUUAUAACAGCUCACAUCUUUUUUUCAUAAAUUUUGCAUUUAUUUUGUAAAUCUCUCGUAUCAAAAGAACUAACGUGAUAUAAGUCCCACAGCAGUAACAAUUAGAUACGAUCACAGCAAUCUAUUAUUCGAUAUAAGUUAUUAUUAAAUUUGAACAGUACACUGUACACAUGGUCAAGAGAUAACUAGGAAUAGAGCUAUAGCUAGUGUAACACUUGUUCCUCGUUGACGGAUUGAACUAACGCGGGGUCAAACGGACAUACGUGUGUGUAUGAAUGCGUGAGUGUGUGUGUGUGUGCACUUGCCAGCCUGUUUCCCAUAAAGCACUUUACUUAGUGUGUGAGUAUACACAGAUAAAUGUGUGUCUCUGUAAAUUGUAGACAACAUUAGAACGUUACUUUCUUUUUGGAGAUUGUUUUGUUUUUGCUGAGAGCAAUAGGAUAUGAUAGCAAAAGAUAGACAAGAGUAAGAAUUAUUUCCAAAAAAAGAAUUGACACAAAACGGAAGUCAUAGCAACAAAAACGGUUUCGCUAAAACAUAACUGAAACAUGUCUUUUUCGAUUAUAUAUUUUUUAUGAAUUGCAGUAUUCAUAAUAUUUUAAGUUCUUCUAUAUUUUAUAUUGUAAAAAGCACUAUCUACAUUACUUACAUCAAUCAAAAAUUUUAUUAUCUAGUGUGUUUAUAACCUUUCUCCACAUAAUAGUGGUCUAAUCUAUCCUGAAAUCGCCUUUAACACAAUAUUUUUACCUGGUAAAACUCAAAACUUACCACAUUUUCCUCCAUCAGGUUCGGUGUAUCCAGGUUUACAUUCACACUUCUUGCUUUUUGUUGAACAAACGGCGUUGACAUCCAAACAGUCACCAUUUGAUCCCUCUGCUGGUGUGCAGGCAGCUCCGAUUGGGGGUUUAGCAACUGUGUGAAUUUUUCAAGUUUUAAGGAUUAGUUUUGGGUGUUUGCUUUUCACUGUUUACAUCUCUAUUCGUCGUCGUCGUCGUCGUCAUCGUCGUCGUCAUCAUCAUCAUAAUCAUCAUCAUCAAUAAUAAUCAUUAAUCAUUAAUCAUCAUCAUAAUACCACACACACACACCACUGUACAGAUCCUCUUAUAUAUAUUUGUUAUCCCUUUUGCUUUGAGAAAUAAACAGGUGAGUGAUAGAUCCCAGGUAUUUGAAGCCAUUGUCACCAACAGUGACCAGUUCGACACCCGCACGGUGCAACAUUCUUUCCUCAUAAGACACAGAUGUUUAACUGCUUCAUAACACUUUCAUUGCCGAGGAAGGAAAACCAGCGUGAGAGACAAGAAGAGGUGGCCUCGAGAAAAGUGCAAUACCGCCCUCAAGCUCAGGUAGCUGGAGUGGGAGCUGGAGAGGCCUGCGACGCUACACACACGUGCACUGAUACUAACUCCGCCUGUCUAGCAGCCAAGUGUGCCUGCAAUGAUGGCUACACUCAGUCCGGCACAACUUGCAGUAAAAACGGAGGUGGUCGCCUGUCUGUUUCCUCUUGGUUCCUCGCUGGAAGUCUCAUCAUGCUUUUGAUGACACUGAGUCUGCAAUAAGAUACUGUCUGACCUGCUACUGAGACACAAGCACAGAAACUGGACUUGAUAUCAUCUUUGACUGAAACUUUUUAUAUUCUUUUAAUUUUUUCAGUAGAGGAAUUAGUAGGACAAAUUUAAAGUUGCAAGCCAACAAUAAAUUUCUUUUAAAGGGAUUCUGAGCUGUAUUUAAGAGAAAACAAAGAAAAAAAACCCAUUUGAAGUAGAUACUGAACUAAGAAGCAAAACUAUUGGAAAGAUGUUUGUGAAUAUAAAGAAAGGAAAAAGAAAACUAGUGAAAGACCAAGAGCAGCCAUGUUAUAUAUUGGAGAAUGAAGCCUACCGCACCCAGUUGUUGUAUAAAGGUUAAAGUCGGACUAAAGUUACAUGGGUUUCUCUAACAUUUGAAGUAAGCACUUUUUACCGUAUCCUGCACAAAAUUAUUAGUUAAAACAUUUUCUAUCAGUUAGUUUUAGUUUUCUUUUUAAUAUCUUUGCUUGUAAGUUUUGAUCCUUCCAGUUAAAAUUAGUUUCAUUUGAUGAACGAAUCAAGAUCGGUACUGAGUCCUUGGAGUAGAAUUUACUUUUCAUUGAGGUACUAAGUGAUGUGCACGUUUUUUCACUGUUAGUAUCCUUGUAUUCAGUAUUACAAUCCUCCUAAUCUUUAUCUCUGUUUUUCUUUUUAAGCUCUGGCUGUCUGUCUUUCUUUCUUUUUGACUCUCUUUCUCUCUCUCUCUCGCAUGUUCACAGUAUGAACCUGACGGUAAUCGCCGGGUGAAAGUUCAAGUCCCUCAGUGAAAAAAAACAUUAUACCUUCCGAGCCAUCGUUCGAUCUGAUAUUCUUUUUGCAACUUUUUUUGAACAGAUUACUAAGUCACGACUUAAAAUUGCUUUUGUUUAUUUUGAUUGUUUAUUGCAUAAUACAGCACCAUGCAUGUACUCUAAAGGUGCGUGUCUUUCUGUGACUUUUAUAAUUGUAAAAUUUACAUUCCGUCCAACAGCAUGUGAAUAAUUUAGUUUUCUUAUAAAUACUUUCUGCAAAACAA